AUGGCGGCUCUGCUGCUUCUGUUGAUGGUCCCGGCCUUGGGCAGCUUCCUUUUCACCUUCGGGACUGUCGUGGAGCUGAUCCGCUUCGUUUCCCUGCGGGGGCUCUUCCUGCAGCAGCCAACGGGGGCUGCGUCCCCGCAGCACAGCACCGAUGCUGCCUCUAGUCCUCAGUGGGAAGCUGCCUUAAGGGACCCCAAGAUUUUGCAUCCACUAACAGUGGAUGUCGGCUUGAUAGUCUUCUUCAUCCUGCAGCACAGCCUGAUGGCCACUGACCGGGUCAAACGCUGGACCAGCAGCUGCUUUGGGGUCCUGCAGAGAUCUUUCUAUGUCUUUUGCACAGCACUGGCUCUCCAGUUGCUGAUGAGGUACUGGGAGCCAGUCCGAGAUGGCCCCAUGCUCUGGAAAGUGAGCACCGAGCCAUGGAUCACUUGGGUCCCGCUCAUCUGCUUCAUCCUCCACUUCAUUGCCUGGUUGGUCAUCUUCAGCAUCAUCCUCAUCUUCGAUUAUGCAGAGCUGAUGGGGGUCAAACAGGUGUAUUACCACUGCCUGGGCAUGGGAGACCCUUUGGCCGUGAAGUCCUCACGCGCUGUCCGCCUCUACUCCCACCUUCGCCAUCCCGUCUAUCUGGAGUUCCUCCUCAUCCUCUGGGCCGUGCCCUGCCUCUCCCUUGACCGCCUGCUGCUUGCCUUGCUUUUCACGGCCUACAUCACCUGCACCCACAGCCUCGACCAGCAGGACUACCUCUACCUCCGAGCCCAGCUGGACAAGAAGUUCCAAGUCUUCUCCCGGGAAGAGGCUGCCUAUGGGGACCUGCUUGUUCAAAAUGGCCCUGCAGCCCACAAGGAGAGCUGAGCAGAGUGUGCGUGUGCCAGAUGGGGAGAGGGUCCCAUUUUGGGGGGGUUCUGGCUUAGGGUGCCUAGCAGAGGGCUGCCUUGCAUGCUGAGCCCUGACCAAUGCAAUCUGUCUUACCUGCUCUUGCUUUUAUGCACUCAGGUUUUAGUGGCCUGUAGGAAGAACCCAAGAAUGCUGGCUUCCCGUGUGCCUACCUUGCUGUGGCUCGCUCAACGUGAAUACAGAGUUAUAGCUCGGAUUAGCACCCUGUACAGGAGCAGCCCUGGGUUCAAACCCAAAUGCUUCGGAAGAAAAGGACUGUGGAGCAGCCUUCCUCAGCUUAGUGCUCCCCAGGUGUCUUGGAUUGCAACUGCCAUUAUCCCAGGCCAGUAGGAAUAAUAGGAAUUGCAGUUCAGGAUCUGUGGAAUUGGGGAAGACUUUUACAGAGGGUUAAAAGCAGGACUGGGUUGUGGCUUUCCAGAUGUUUCAGCCCACAACUCCCAUCAUUCCUAAGUAUUGGCUAUGCUGGCUGGGGCUGAUGGGUACUGUAGGUUAAAAUAUCUGGAGGGCCUCAACUUGCCUAUCCCUAGCUAAAAGGAUGUAUUAGGCCCACGAAGAUCUGUCACUUGUUCUGGGAGAACAGUGAGAAAUAAUUGUGGGAAUCUAAAUGAGGGGGUCUUUUUUCCCCUUGCCUCUUCUGUGUUUUUGACGGCUGCAUGGCAGGCAGGCAGGGAAAUGGCAGAGUGUCCUCCUUCAUUUGGACAACUGCAUCUGUAGAAACUCUGCAACUGUUAAAAGCAUAACGAUCCUAUUAGUCUUUUAAAAGAAAUAGGUGUGUCAGUUCUGUAGAAUUAUGCUAUGACCAGAGAGAAAGAGUGUACGUUAGUAAAUCUGUUUUUUUUAAUCAGCAGCACCUUUCUAUUUAUUUUUAAAUUACUUAUUGAGCUUUUACUGUGGAGAUUAUGACAAAAUUAUUUUGCAAGAAUAGAAUUUUAAUUUCAGAUAGCAAGCAAAAAUUAUUUUUAAAAAUUAUUUUAUUUUAUCCAGUAGCUGCCUGGAUUACUUGGGGAUUGGGCUGUGGGAGUUUUCUUUUUCUUAAUACAUAUUUUCAAGGACUGAGACUCCGAAGUCAUUGUUCGCAAAUAUGCAGAAUGCUUGCUUGCUUGUUCUUUCAUCAAGCCCCUUUAGUCUUAGAUAUACUGAAGGACUUUGGAAGUGGAGAUUUGCAGAAGAAAGUGCCUUGGAAAAGGUUCCUGUCAAACUGCCAGCCCUAAAUAAUAAAGCUUAAGGGAGUGUUUUUUAACUUUUCCUUCAGAAUAAUGAAUAGUUUAUUAAAGCUUUGGAUCACAUUCAUUUAAAAAUAUUCAUGAGAUGGAGGGUUGGUGAGGAGAGGCUGGUAGUGUUGGGGAACCUCUGUUAAAUAGAUCUGGUUUGCACACAAAUAUUCUUGCCUUCAGAUGCUGCGCUUAUCAGGCUUUUAAACUGGCAGUCCGGAUAUCUAGGUUUGAUUCUGCUAGAGUGGGAGCAUAAUUGUUUACACUGCUCAUGUCCACUACAACAUAUUUAAAACCAGGACGGGUGAAUUGUGUGCCCCCCCAGAGGUUGCUGAAAUCCAUCUCCCAUAAUCCCUGGCUAUGGGCAUGCUGCCUGGGACUGCUGGGAAUUCUAGUCUAGAUUAGAAUAUUGGCUUUUUGUUCUGGGAUUCUUAAACAGCUCUGGGCAGGCAAUUAUCACAACUUGGAGGGUAAAGGAUGACGUCGGAGAUCCAUCACUUCCGGACUUUAUAACUGGGUGGAGGGAUAGCGUAAUUGGGUCCAUAUCAAAAAGAAUAUCUUGUAGCUUCAGAGAUUGCUUCCAAGGGAAAUUUAGCCUAGGUAUACUUCUCCCAUCACUGCAGCCCUGCGAGUUUACAAGCUAAUCUGAUGCAGUUUCCCCCUGUCCUAGGAUGCUUUUCAGAAUUAUGGUUCCUGCUAACUGUACGGAAUUAUGCUAGUGCAUUGACACUACCUGGCAAUGGGUGAAAAUUUAAGCCUUAAUUUAUAAUGCGAUGCCUUGAACAUCAAGUGUUUGCCUUUAACACUAGUAUAUAUCUAUUGCAGUUUUUAACAACAAAGUUCUGUACUCUGUUACCAAUGAAUCGCUAUAUUUAAGAAGAAAAUCUUGGAUUUCUAUGUUAACUGAAAAAAAAAUGCUUUGUAAUUUUUUAAAAAACACAAGAUAAAUACCAGUGCUUUUCA